AUGGGAAAGUUGAGUUUGGAUUUGCCACCUGGGUUCAGAUUUAGUCCAACGGACAAGGAGCUCAUCGAACGCUUCCUGAAGGGAAAGAUCACAGGGAAUGAUAAAGAUAUUUACUUUGUUCCCGAAAUUGAGUUUUAUAAACUGGAGCCCUGGGAUAUACAGCAUAUAUGUGGGAUAGAUACAAAGGACCAAGAGUGGUUCUGCUUCAAUGCACAGAGCCUGAAUCAGAAUGGGAAUCGGAAGAACAGGACAACCAUGGAAGGGUUCUGGAAAGCAACUGGUAAAGAUAGGGAAAUCAAGUCCAGAGGGAGUUUAAUUGGAAUGAAAAAGACUCUAGUCUACCAUAGAGGGCGUACUCCUAACGGAGAAGGGACCAAGUGGGUGACGCAUGAAUACCGCACAACCCAGGAUGAGUUUGAUGGAACACACCCUGGUCAGAUUGUUUUGCCUCCAAAAUCAUUGGAGGUAACUUUAAAGAGGGUUGAUUCAGUUAAAAACGGCAAUGAUGUUACGUUCAUCCAAUUCACUUGGGUGCUUUACUUUAUGCAGAAAGCCUUUGUCCUCUGCCGCUUAUUCAAUAAUGAAGAAAAGAGUAACAAAGGUCGAUCUGUGAAGUCUAAGCCAGCACUGGCUCCUCCAUCUCCAGCAUUAGAAGUGCAAGUUGAAUCUCAUCAAACAAGUAUUCAGUCUUGUUAUUCUGAAAUUUCUGAUGAAAUGAUGUCUGAUGUUGCAAAAAAUCAAGCAGCAGAAGUGACAUCUACUGAGGUGAUAGGAACUUAG